AUGUUGUUGUGGCGGGGUCGAAAUCCUUUUUUUGCUCACAGCUCCGUACAUAGCAGACAUUCAGCCGAGGCGCGUCACUCUUCGCGACGGGACCCUCAACACCAACCUUCCCCAAACUCCACCACAACGCCAUAACACCAUGCUCCAUUGACAUCCCAUCCCUCAUUACUUCUUGUUUCGAGUAUUUUAAGCCGCGUGCCAGAAAAGCAAUAAAAUGGCACCACGGAAAGAUCCACCCAAGUCGGAGCCUCCUCCGCCCAGUCGAACGCUUAUCAUCGACAAUGGCGCGCACACUAUGAAGGCUGGCUUUGCUUCACCCGAAGACGCAUCAACUGAUUCUACUAAACUCCAAAAACCUUCCGUAAUUCCAAAUUGUCUUGCCCGCGAUCGCGAUCGAAAGGUGUACGUUGCGUCACAGCUCUCCAAAUGCACCGACUUCAACGAAAUAGUUUUUCGUCGCCCGGUGGAUAAGGGAUAUUUAGUAAAUUGGGAGGCCGAAAAAGAGAUAUGGGAUCACGAAUUCUUCAACAAGAAUGCGCCAUUACACUGCGAUCCUACAGAAACAGGAUUGAUUCUCACCGAGGCCCCGAAUGCCCUACCACAACUUCAGACCAACUGUGACCAGAUGGUGUUUGAGGAGUUUGGAUUUCCGAGCUAUUAUCGUUGUGCUGGUAUGUUGAUUUGCGCUACAUUUUUCCGUGAAAAGGCUUGCAGUAGUAGCAGCAGCUGACAUUUUUCUCCUAGCACCGACUUUAAACGCGUACAACGAUAUCCAAGCCUUGUUCCCUAUUCCCUCCCGUGCUCCUCUUCCACCUCCUCAGCUUCCAGCGGAAAUUCUUCUUCUAAUCGACUCGGGUUAUUCGCAUACCACCAUUACUCCUCUUUUACAAGGUCGUCCGCUCCAAACCGGAGUUCGGAGGUUAGAUGUGGGAGGAAAACUAUUGACCAACUACCUUGCUCGCAUUGUAUCCAGGCGCCAAUACGACAUGAGGAAUGAUACGUACCUUGUCAAUGAAAUAAAGGAAGCAUGCUGUUAUGUUUCGAGAGACUUUAAGGGCGAUAUGGAACGAACAUGGAAAGGUCCAAAAGGCGACCGAAGAGAGGCAUAUACCACGGGCGGGGGAAUAGCCAAGGACUAUGUUCUACCUGACUACCACAAUCGGUCCAAAGGUUAUGUUCGGGACCAUGAUCCUUCUGCUGCGGGAAAAUUAAAAGCCUUAGUAGCAGGCAAGUCCGCUGAAGCGAUCGAAGAUAUUCUCACUUUGAGAAACGAGAGAUUUACGGUACCAGAAAUAAUCUUCACACCUUCCGAUAUUGGAAUGCGACAGUCCGGCUUAGGUCAAUUGGUGUUGGACAGUUUAUCCGCUCUGCCGUUUGGACUUUGGCCUGGAUUCCUCGCAAAUAUCGUACUUGUUGGGGGUAACGCGAAUAUCGAGGGCUUCAUUCAGAGACUCGAGAUGGAAAUCAGAUCUUUGGCACCAUCAGAAUGCAUUGUCAGAGUUUCGAAGCCUCCUGAUCCCAUUAUUAGUACUUGGAAUGGUGGAGCGGUUUUAGCUCGGAACCCGGAUAUACUGAAAGGGUUAUCGGUAACGAAGCAAGAGUAUGAGGAAAAUGGCCCAGCUUGGGUUGCUAGGAAGUUUGAUGGGAGAUGAUGUUCAUGUUCAAAUUUAUGAUACCCUCGAAAACGUUGCAAUAUAUGUUUAGUUUUCCUUGAAACUGAUCCUUCUGGGUA